UUCUGCCAUUGUGUGUCAUGUCAGUUUACGAUUAAGCCUCCGAGCUAAGAGCGUUGCUCGAACGGAUGGUAUCAGUUUUGGUUGUAAAAGACGUUUCGCCAUUCUUAGGAGUCAAUAUGUUGGAUAAAACUAAUGUUCAGCACACAAGAUCGAAGCAGAACUGUCUACGGCAGCCAUUCAUUCAUCCCUUCAAUAUAUCACGGGCUCUCCCAAGAACUACGACUUUAAACAAACGGACAAGAACACGGAAUUUCUCCCAGAACUGCUGCGUUAAUAUGGGACCGUCGAAGCUAUAUACUUUGAGCGAAGAAGUUCUUGUUUUAAUACUGGAAUAUCUUGACGCUAGGACACUUAUACGAUUGAGUAAAACUUGUCGUUUAUUUCAUCGACUUUGUCAUUCGGAUGUUAUAUGGCGUCACCGGUGUAAGCUUGACUUCAAUCUUCGUACCAAGUGGCUAGAAUAUUCUUAUCUUUAUCUAUAUGAACUAUUUAGCAAGGCUAGUGUCCUAAAGAACGACCAUAGCUUUUUUCGGCCUGUUAGUCAGCUAAAAACGUCCGUCAUAGUCUGGUAUCUAAUAAACCCGGAGCCACCGAGUAACAGUGUUUGCCAACUCACGGCGAGUCAGGCGAAGUCGAUCUGGAAUUUGACAGAUGAUGAUCUAGAUAGAAUGAAUAAUGAGGCAGAGGAUAACCUGUUUAACCAUAAUUACUACGACUGGGAAUCACUCUACAAGUUGUUCGUUGCCAAACAUGGAGGUAUUAUCCAAAUGCAAAACUACGUACUUCGAAGAUGUCUACGGAAUAGGCAAGCCCUAGAGGAACACUAUCAGCUAUCAUUGCACUCUUCACGACAACAGAAAUGGUAUCAGUUUUUGGAUAACCGUGAUACAGGAAACAAGUUUCUCAAGGCUUUGACUGAGCACAUGCCGAAGGUCACACAUAGUUACAUGUUACAUCAGGUUACUGCAAUGUAUAUUGAUGGACAUUUGAAAGGAGGCUUCGAUACCGUGAAAGCGUACGCUGAUUUUUGUGGUGUUUUCAAGACUUGGCUAGAGGAUAAAAGUGUUAAACUAUGGCCACCGAGACAGGGCGAAAUGCUAAUUAAGGACUACAAAGAUUGUUUACUAUAUGUCAAUAAGGAGAUAUCUACCGUGGCUGAAGAGUUAGAGAUUUCGCUAAAUGAUUUCCUCAGCAAAGCAAAGCCUUACAUUGAACGGCUACAUGAAGUAUGGCAAUGGCAAAAUAAGAAGGGCCAAGGAUAUAUGAAGGAACACAGGCCGUCGCGUGUCGUAACUGAGCACAAAUGUUACAAGCGAUUCUUAGAGAGAGGUAACUUCGCCGACUAUUGCCAACUGAAGCAGUUUUUUGAGAGGCGAGAGAUCGUCGUGGAUUGGUUCAAGAAGAAUGAAUGGCUUCAUGCAUUAUUGAGAGAUUAUUGUACAAGAGCAUUGAGACCGGCUCACAUGUCGGCAGAGAUGGCGCCUGCACCACAUUUACCUACAGAUCCUAUCACAUUCUUAGUUCAUAGAUUUUUAGAAACAGGCCUGAAGUCAGACUUCAACAAACUUAGAAUGAAACUAUCAGAAAUUGGAAAUUUACAAUUGGAGAACUUGAACCGAAAGUCACGGCAGUUGCAGAGAGCAAUCUCGCGUGAUUUGAGGACAGAAGAUAGCAUUUAUUUUAGCGAAGUUGACGCUCCACAUUUUACGCACUGUUUCUAUCCACCGCGUACUGAUUGUUUUACCGGGAGGCAACAGUUUCCGUCGGUUGAAGUUGUAAAUCUGGACUGAUGGAUAUACGUGUGAAGGACGUGUAACAGGAAGUUGGGUGUUUCGCUUCAUAAUGCCUUUCUAAUGGCUGGUGAUACAACGUCACGAUUCGUUUUGUUGUGCUUCUUGGUUUUGUUGUGCAAAGAACUUGACGCAAACCUGAUCUAUGUGUUGGGGCAUAAUCGUCCAUCAGUACAAAUCAUCCUGUCAACAAAAAUACUUUCAUCCUGUCAAUAAAAAUACUUUCAUCCCUGGCAUAAUUCCGCCAAGCACCGUCAGACAAAUGAUUGUCAGUCAUAUCGUUGGCGUUUAGCAUUACAGAAUGUUGGAAAAUAAAUGAACUAGACAGUUGUGGUUUCAUAUUUAAAAUAUGUUGCCACUAAUAUCUAUAUCGUCACAUUUAUAUGCUGCUGGUAAAAACCAACAGUGAAUUGACAUUCCGAGGAAAACGGACCUAUUCCAUAAUUAGAAACAUGUUGAAAAUUUAUAACUGUAACUAUGAAUCUUGUGUAUAUAUCGAGGUAUUAUUGAACAUGUUGAAAUUUGGGCUGUUCUGUUAUGUUAGUUCGGCAAAGGCAGUGCCGAUAGCAAACAUACAGCUGUGAAAUAUUGACUAAUGUAAAUGGAAACUCAAAAUUUGUGUUAAUAGCUACGGUAAAUGAAAAUCCACCAGACUCGUACAAACGAAGUUUGCUUUUAUGUUA